ACUACUGUUUUUGCGAAAAAAAUCAAAGCGUUUCAAAAAAAAGUUUGAUGGGAAGAAAGAAAAAAAUUUAUUUUAAUUAGAAAAAGUAGAAAAUUGGACAAAAAUAAUUUACAAAAAGCACUAAUAUUAAAUAUAUUAGCGAGUGCUUUAAAUAACAAUUACAAAACAAGUGAAAAGGCGACAGCAAACAAAGAAAAAAACUCGCCAAAAGUAAUAAAGUGCAGAAAAAACGCUUAUAUUAAAAACUUUUUCCGCAAAACACUCUCUUUUACCUUGAGUGCCACUAUGUCUUCAACUUCAACGACUAGUGGUGGUCCAUCAGCAACUAAUACGACAGCCUCGUCAGCUGCAUCCACUGGUCUUGUGGCCGCCAAUUCACCAUCAGGCACUGCCAAUAAUAUGUCUGCUUCUACCAAUAAUGCCACCACAAAUUCAACACCUAAUGUUGGACGCGGUCGCAAUGGUAAUAAUGCCACGGUCGGUGGUCCCAAUAAUCCCGCCUCUUCGGGUUCGUCAACAAAUUCUUCCACGGGCCUGGGUACCGGCGGUGGUUCGUCAUCGGCUGCUGCCGCAGCGGCUACGACCAGCGAGGAGACACGUAAAGAUCCCAAACCAAAUCCAAAAAUCUCAAAAGCUUUGGGUACAUCAGCCAAACGUAUACAAAAAGAACUUGCCGAAAUUACUCUAGAUCCACCGCCCAACUGCAGUGCCGGACCCAAGGGUGAUAAUUUGUACGAAUGGGUGUCGACCAUUUUGGGACCACCCGGUUCGGUGUAUGAGGGUGGCGUCUUCUUUCUGGAUAUUCACUUUUCGCCAGAGUAUCCCUUCAAACCUCCUAAAGUUACGUUCCGUACUCGUAUCUAUCAUUGUAACAUCAAUAGUCAAGGUGUUAUUUGCUUAGAUAUACUCAAGGAUAAUUGGUCGCCAGCAUUGACCAUAUCAAAGGUGUUGCUGUCAAUUUGUUCCCUGCUGACUGAUUGUAAUCCUGCCGAUCCUUUGGUUGGUAGUAUUGCUACUCAAUAUUUACAAAAUCGUGAAGAGCAUGAUAGAAUCGCUAGACUAUGGACAAAAAGGUACGCAACAUGAUUUCCCCAAUCAUUAUUAUCAUCUAACGAACGUUGUAGUUGUAAGAAGAACCUCAAAUAUUAUAACAACAUAAACUUAACACUUACAUAUAAAUGGAUAGAAAUGAACUACAACCACAACAACAACAAUUUAUUAUAUAACAUUUAGAAUGAAAGAAGAAAACUGAGAAGAAAAAAAAAACGAAUUAUUGCAAAUAAAUUACGGCAAAACUAUAUAAUUAUUUAAUAAUAAUAAAAAUAAAAAAAUACAAACAAAAUAAAAUUAAAGAAAAACAAACAGAAAA